CUUAUAGUAGUCGGUGCGCGUACCGUAGUGUGUCGUUUGACGCUGUGUUUUCACGUUUGCCACCGUUUCACCGACGAGUGUCGCCUCCACGGCACGAUAUAAUAGUAUAUUAUUCAGUACAUCAAAUUAUUUUUGAUUAGUUUUAUUGCGCGGUCAUAUCAAAAGCGACGUUAUUACAAACUUUUACGGUUUUAUACGUGUUGUUGUUAUUAUUAUUUUUUUUUCUGGGAAAAGUACAUAGUUCAGUCGGACUUAAUUAAGGAAGAAAUCCUGCAGAUUUAUUACACGUAAGACGUGACUCCGCCGAGCGCGUUUUUGUCGUAUUUUUCGCGUGCCACUCGCACGCGGUAAUAUCGACCGGCUGCGGUGAUGUGCACGUUGUCGUUACCGUCGUCGCUGUCGCCUCCACUCGUUCAGUUCCCGACCACGACAACGGCAACGACCGCUGUCCACGCAAUAAUUACAGCACAACUAUUAUAAGAUCAUAUUAUCAGACAAACGUCGCGUCAUCAUUAUAUACAGCUGCGGUACCCCUUCAGGUGUAAACAGGGACGGACAGCAGCCGGACAGGAAGACUGCAGGCCAGUCGUCUAGAUAAUAGCAGAUAGUAAGCGAAAGCAGACGCUGAACCGUUGUCACCGUCGUACAGGCCGACCGUCGCAGAUAUGGGCUGUUUCGGUAGCAAAGACAAGUUGUCCAAAGAAGACAUGGAUUUCUUAAAAUCACACACGAGAUACGACGAAGCGACCAUUAAAGAAUGGUAUAAAGGUUUCAAACAAGAUUGUCCAAACGGCCGUUUAACACCAGCCAAAUUUGUGGACAUGUACAAAAUGUUCUUUCCAAGCGGUAAUGCAGAAGAAUUCUGCGAUCAUGUAUUUCGAACAUUUGAUAUGGAUAAAAAUGGUUACAUAGACUUCAAAGAGUUUCUAUUAGCCAUAGAUGUCACAUCGUCCGGUACACCGGAGGAAAAACUAAAAUGGGCUUUCAGAAUGUAUGACGUUGACGGUAACGGAGUCAUCGAUAUUCAAGAGAUGACAAAAAUCGUCCAGGCCAUCUACGAUAUGUUAGGUGCAUGUUCAUCUAAUCGUCCGGCUGACUCAGCAGAAGAUCGUGCUAAAAAUAUAUUCGCCAAAAUGGAUGAGAAUAACGACGGACAGCUGACCCAAGAUGAAUUCCUUAAAGGCUGUCUACAGGACGAAGAACUAUCUAAAAUGCUUGCACCAUAACCACUGCCUCGGCUGGCGUGAAAACCCAAUAUAAUAUAUUUCGCCGCAUUUUUUUUGUAUAUCUUUUUCUCUUGCCCCGUAGGGUACGCCUUUGUUGGUGCCAAAAAAAAAAA